CUCUCUCUCCCCCCCCUCUUCCUCACUCACUCUCUGUUACAUACUGAUGCACACAGAAGAAUACACACUUGCUCUACAGACUCUCACCAUCCCACUCACAGCCUCUUUUCCUUCUCCGCUGUUUCUCAAUCCGCCCCGCUGCCGUUUCUCUCCUUCGUCUCAUUAAGGGCGGCGUGAUCAGCGGAGCGCGAGGCUUUUUAAUUGAAGCACAUAUGUGUGUUCGUUCUUUAGCUGCGGCAGUUUGGCUCACGGCCAAAAGAUGUGUGGUUGACCGAGAAAGGAGCUCAACUCAGUCAGAGAAUCAAAGGGGAGGACAGAUAGACGGAGAAGGUUAUCUGCGAGGAGGCACUUUUUUGGGGGGUUUUGUUUUUUGCUCAACUUCUCUGAUGGGAGAUAAACUGGCAGCAGGCGCUUAAGUCAAAUACAGAAGAAAGUGGCGAGCAGAGGAAUCAGAAAACACGUGGAGAUGGUGUUCGGUACCCUCUCCCAGAGCCAGGUCCACCCACUCCUGGCCUCCCUGCCUCUGCCAGGUCGACCCUUCCAGCCACAGACUCAUGCACAGCUGGAGCACUUCCUGCCACUCAGGAUCAACCGCUCCUCGCCGCUCAGCCUCUUCCCCAAUUUUAGCACGAUGGACCCAGUGCAGAAGGCAGUGAUCAACCACACCUUCGGCGUGGCUCCAGUGCCCAAGAAGAAACCCAUCAUUUCCUGUAACAUCUGUCACCUGCGCUUCAACUCCACCACCCAGGCGGAGGCCCAUUACAAAGGUCACAAACAUGCUCGCAAGAUGAAGGCCUUGGAGAAUCGGAGGAACCGGAAGAAGAAGGGUCACAGUCCGACAACAACAGGAAAAGACAGGGGCCGAGGGAGGGGGAUGAUGGGAAGAGGAGCAGUGCCAAUAGACUCCCAUUUGAAAGACACAACGGGGUUAAGUGCUUCUUCCCAACCUGCACAGCAGCAACCAGAAAACAUCCAGGAAAGUUUGCUGGCACCCACCACGCCCACACAGCCUUCAUCCACAGACUCCUCUUCACUCCGUUCUCCUCAGCUCUCCCCACAGAUGUCCCCUGGCACUCAGCUCAGUGAUCUACCUUCAGACAGUCCACCUGUGGAAGGGUGCAGCCUGGCCACCGGUUCAGCCCCACACUCUGACCGUCAAGGGAGCGCCACGGGAGGUGAGGAGGAGGUGGUGAAGGUGGAAGAAGCUAAGGAGGCCAAGAGCGACAAAAAAACUUUUCACUGUCCUACGUGCAAAGUGACGCUCAAUUCCAGCUCACAGUUGGAGUCUCACUGUAGUGGCUCUAAGCACAAACAGAUGCUUGAUGGUCACAACAGCAGCCAGUCACAACGCAGGGUCAAGAUGACAUCAUCGCCCAGGCCCACCAGCCGAAUUAAGCAGCGAAUGAGCAACAAGACCAGAGCGGUUGUGGGUGUAUCCAGCCAGCCGUUUCACUGUGAAUUGUGCCAGGUGUCAGUCAACUCAGAGACACAGCUGAAGCAGCACAUGAGCAGCAGGAGACACAAAGAGCAUUUGGCUGGGAAGCCUGUCAAGGCGAAGUUCACACCCUAUAAUAAACUACAGUCCAGUGCUAUCUUAGCGACUAAACUGGCCUUGCAGAAGCAGCUAUCUAAGGCCCUGCCGGCAGGGUUCCUGACCAACCACCUCAAUCGAGCUGCUUUGUGCGCCAUGGCGCCUGGACCCUUGGCGCUACGGCUGCCGCCGUGUCCCACAGCCUUCAUCCAUGGUCCCCUGAUCAGCCCCACACUCUUCAGGCCGGCCCCAGGACCUCUGAGGGUCACACAUGCGCCUAUUAUCUUCUCUCCUUACUAGCAAUGAGCCAAGCUAGGCUAGAGGACGUACAGUAGAGUGGAUCUAACCUAGCCAAGUCUGGACUAGCAGAAUAGAUUAGCUUGGUCGCUGAGGACAAAGCAUGGGACACCCUGAGGGAUACCAGUACACUGUUAUGCCAUGAUGGCAGCAUAUCAGCAUGUCAUGUUUGGCAGGCUCAAGUCAUAAGAACCGUAUGCACAAUCCCCUGGUGUGGAUUGAGAUUUCAGUGCAGACUGACCAGUGAAGGAUCAUCGCUCAGCUGUUUUCCCUCAACAAACUUUUGAGUGCAUGUUCCCCGGAGUCUGGACCCCUCUUGAAGCCAUAAGGACAAAGAUAUUUUAGUUUUAUUUAUAGGACAAUAAUAGACUAAUACACUAGAGUGUGUAAAUGUUAUGUGUUUGUUGGCAAAAUUAUUUUUAUUUCAGAGCUUUCUAGUUGUACUCUGAGAACAAGUACAAUACUUCAUUCCUGCUUUAGUCUUCAUAACCAAAAUGUAGGAAAUCCAGAUUGAAAGUGGCUAUUUCCAUACAACCACCCUCCACCAAUGAAAAAACAAAUUCCGAUUGUUGAGGAUAUUGCAUCUCAACAAUUGUAUAUCUUUACAGCCAUUGUCUGAUGUGAAUGCCUUCUCUUUAUUUUAGAUGAAUACAUGUUUCUCUCUUGCUCUGUGUUACGAGGUGACAAUCAACAAACACCCUGAUAUGAUGCCAAGAAUACUCGCCAUAUGGAGACAGACUACAUACAGUAUGAUACAAUGAGAUGGUUUCAUUUAAAGUUAUUCGAUUUAUGUGGAUAAAGACGAAUUACAGCUUGAUGCUGUUUGUGCAAUAUGAAGAUACAGGAUGUUGUGUGUUAUUCCCCAAAAUUUAAAUGAUUUAUUCACAGAUAUUUAAAUGCAUCUUUGAUGUCUUUAUUAAAACGUUUUUUUUUCAUAGAGCUGUAUUAAAAGAACGUUCUUUAGAAAUCCCCUCCCACCUUAUUGUGCUGAAUCAUCCUAAGCAAUAUGUGUUUUUGAAGUGUCACCUGGUAAAAUUAAUGACAAGUGUAACUGUGCAUCAAUUGCAAUAAUGUAAAUGAUUAUGUGCUAAAAAUGUCGAUACUGUAUUCUAUAUGAACUUAUAAAUAGU